AAUGGUCAAUGAAUGAUGGAGACGAACGAUGGACUUUUUAAAAGUUGGAAACCGUUCCUUAUAUUUAAUUAAUGGACUUGAGACCAUUUUACCAUCAGAGAAUUGGUCAUUGAGUGUUUGAUACAGAAGUCUUGAAAGUUGAAACAACUUUACUCUCUUAUCUAAUGGACUUCGAGACAGCUUUGAGUGUGGCCGUUGUUCAACUGAGUAAUGGUGCGAGUCUUGAAACUUGAAACUACUUUCACAGUUUCAUUCCCUCUAUUUAAAUGGACAUGAGAGACAAUGUGACCAUCACAGAAAAUGGCCUCUUCCUCUUCAUUGGUUCUGUCGUCUCCGUCUUUGACUCCGGUAAUAAAAGACGGAGAAUAUAAAAACUGGGCGGAGCUUCCGUCCGAACUAACGUCAUCCAUCCUGCAAAGGCUCAGCCUGGUUGAGAUAUUGGAAAACGCUCAGAAAGUGUGUACGUCUUGGCGUCGCGUCUGUAAAGACCCUUCUAUGUGGCGGAAGAUUGUCAUGCAUUACCUUGGAAACUUGUGGUACGACCGCGAUAUCAUGUGCCGUCACGUAGUGGAUCGUAGCCAGGGUGGCUUGAUUGAGAUUGAAAUUUGGUAUUUUUGUACUGAUUCUCUUCUCAACUACGUCGCUGAUAGGUUAUGUCUCUCUCUCUCAUGAGGUCUAGCUGGUGCUGCUAAGUUCUUUUGUGAAUAUGUUUUGCGU